ACGCCUUUCAACACUACGUCGGCCGCACGCGCAUGCAAUUUGCUUGCGUUUAUUUAAAAUUUUAACUAAAAGUUCAAAUGCGUUUUGCACAAAUUGUUGUGGGACCCGCUGGCAGCGGCAAGUCUACAUAUUGCAGCUAUAUGCAACAACAUGCGACGGACAGUAAGAGAAACAUUCAGGUUGUGAAUUUGGAUCCAGCUGCGGAGCACUUUAACUACUCGCCGCUUGCGGACAUACGAGAGCUAAUACAUCUGGAUGAUGCCAUGGAAGAUGAAGAACUACACUACGGACCUAAUGGGGGCUUGAUCUUCUGCUUAGAGUUUCUCAUUGAGAAUCAGGACUGGCUCAAGGCGCAACUGUGCGGUGGCGACGAUGAGCUAAUGCUGGGCGAGCCAGACGAUGAUUAUAUACUGUUCGAUAUGCCGGGCCAAAUAGAGCUGUUCACACAUCUCAAGAUGGGCAAACAGUUGGUGCAGCUGCUAGAAUCCUGGAAUUUCCGCAUUUGCGUAGUCUUCUGUCUUGACUCGCAGUUUAUGGUCGAUGGCGCCAAGUUUAUAUCAGGCACCAUGGCAGCACUUAGCGUCAUGGCGAACAUGGAGCAGCCGCAUGUGAAUGUACUGACCAAAGUGGAUCUGUUGAGCGCAGAAGCGCGCAAGCAGCUGGAGCUAUAUUUGGAGCCAGACACGCACAAUCUUAUGGGGGAGCUGACCAUUGGCACGGGAUUUGGUGAGAAAUACCGAAAGCUCACUGAGGCUAUUGGCUCGCUCAUCGAGGAUUUUAGUUUGGUGCGUUUUUUUCCACUGAAUGUGGACGAUGAGGAGAGUGUUGGUGAUCUUUUGCUGCAGAUAGACAGCAUUAUGCAGUAUGGCGAGGACGCGGAUGUGCAAGUCCGUGAUUUUGAUGAGCCGGAUGAAAACCAAGACCGGGAUCCGGAUAUGUAGGGGUCUUCAAAAGCAAUGUAAAUAAAUUAAAAUAGGUAUAAAUAAAAAUAAAUAACAAUUAAC